AUGGCAAUCCUCGAAGAAUUUCUCAGAUCUAUUCUGAAGUUCAUCAGGACAAAGGACUCUAAAAGUUUACAGUUAUGGCUUCGAGUUGAACCUCCCCUUCCCGACCACUAUUUUCAGCUUGGUAAAGAAUUGAAAGCAUCAUUCCAAAACAGCACUACACUAGAACGCCAAAUUGCGAAGCUCCUGCCCGAUGAUCCUGACGCAAGUUUUGAGGAUGGCAACAUUUGGCCGGGCUUUUUGGCUUUUAUGAAAGACUAUUUGGAGUUCUGGAGAGAUGUCAGUUUUGAAGACUUAUUAGAAACACACUCACAGCUUACCGCUUUAGCAAGUACUUGUCUAGCAGCUUUGUCCAAUCCAACAUAUGGGAUAGUAAUACUGCCGACGGCCAUCCAAUUAUCCACAGCACUCGCCAAACUUGCAAUGACCCUCGACAAACGACCAGAUCUCACUAGACGAUUGCGGAGAGUCGCUGAUGUCGAUGCGGGCGAGACUAGGAAGACUUUGGUUGAAGGAACUGCAGAAACAAUACAACGCGCGUUCACACUUUGCUUGACGGAAAGGACCACAAAUAGAAAUGGCGUUGGGGCAGAUGGGAAGCCAGAAGGAAAGAAAGUCGGCAUAUACUCAUUCGCGAAUCUGGCUUUGAAACUCUUCUUCCAAUGCCGGAAAACGCGAUUGGCGAAUCAACUUAUCACAAACAUUACUCAACACUCUCCGCCACUGGAUCUUUAUCCCGCAAGCCAAAGGGUGACAUAUCUCUAUUAUCUUGGCCGUUACUUCUUCUCGAAUACCCACUUCUAUCUCGCGCAGUGUAGCCUUCAAGCUGCGUACGACCAGUGCCAUGCCCAGUGUAUUAACCAGCGACGCCUAAUUUUGAUCUACCUAAUAUCAUCGAAUCUGAUCCUCGGUCGAUUUCCUUCUCGGCCUUUUAUGUCGCGUCCCGAAGCCGCUGGAGUCCUUGAAAAGUUCACACCGAUUAUCAAGGCCAUCAAAUUAGGAGACCUGAUUGCUUUCAAGCGCUCUUUGGGCUCGGAAGGUGGAAAUGAGAAAUGGUUCUUCGACAAAGGAAUUCUUCUGCCGCUUUUGUACCGUUGCGAAACGUACGUUUGGCGAUCACUUGCACGACGAGUCUUAUGUUUGACAUACCAGUGGCCAUUCGACCCUAAUUCCAAAAAAGCACCGACUAUGAAUCUUGUCGAUUUGGUCACAGCUGCGCAAUAUUGCCAAAAGAUACUUGAGGGUUGGGAGCGACCCGUAGACUCUACUGCAUUUAUGCAGUCCGGUCGCACACACACCAAUACCAUGUUUAUGACAGCGCCAGAUUUGAUGAAGCCCCCCUCGGACACGGUAAAAAUCUCGGCAAAUAGUGGGGUAAUCUGGGGCAGUAAAAUGCCAGAAAUGUUGGAUAUUGAAGCAAUUGUCGCAAGUUUGGUCCAACAAGGGUUGUUGAGGGGAUUCAUCAGUCAUAUACAAGGCAAAUUUGCGAUUUUAGGUGCAAAACAGAGGGGCGGACCUCUAAGUGCAGGGUUUCCAAUUAUUUGGGAAGUUAUUAAGGAUAGAGCUGAAAAGGAGGGGCACGGUAUUGAUGUACCUGGUUGGGUCACUGGUGACAGCACUGGAAAUACUAGUGGGGGAAUCGUCAAUUUGACUGGAAUCGCUCGACCCGCUGGGGCUACAUGA